GUUGGCUAAGAUGGAGGAAGCUCUCGCGAGAUUCACGAAUGUCUCGAGAAAACAAAACUGUUACCAAAAUUAUAUAGUUUAUCUUUGUUGGAGGCUGAUGGCAUGUCACAACUUUAAGCUGAAACUGGACUUAAAAAACUGAACAUGUCCUACAACGGAAGACAAAUGCAUAGAAUUCCUUAUCAGCCUUUUGAAAAACCAGAAAAUCCAAACAGUAAUUUUAACUCUGAUCAGCAUGUUAAUUUUCCUCCUCCUCCUCCUCCACAACUGCAAAAUAAUUUCCCUCCUCAUUUUUUUAACCAAAGGCCAAACAUACCUAAUGUUCUUUCACAGCAGCAAUGUAGGCCUAAUUUUUCUCCCAACAUCCCACCUCCCUUCAACCUUGCGCACCCGCCACCACCACCGAAUUUUCAAUGUUCAAUACCUCCAUUUUUCCCCAACAAUCAAGCUUUUCCACCAAGACAACACACUCCAGUUGAAUAUACUAGGAAUCCAGACCAUGGAAAUUUUAUAAAUCUUAAUGUUCCGCCACCAAGUUUGAACAACAAUGUACCUCGGCCUGUUGGAAUGAAUUUACCUGCUACAAAUGCAACUAUUCCUUUACAAUCAGAGAAAGACAAUGGGACUGUCUUUAGACAUGAGCAAGGACCAAAGCAAAUAGGUCAACAGUUGUUAGAAAAUUGGUUAAAAGAUAAAUCAAAAGUCAAGAAAGGAACUUGUGAUAAUCAAAGAAGCGGUGAAAAUAAUAAAUUAUGGACUUGGAUGAAUCAACUGCGAGAACUCAUGCAAAUUUUGACGAGCAUGUCAACUCAGGUACAAUAUUUGAGUGAAUCUUAUUCAUCUAUUGAUAGAUCAAGCUGGGAUAAGAGUGUUUGUGACUUUGAAAAAUUAAAGAGAGACUAUUCUGCUUGUAAAGUUGCUGUUGAAGUAGUUGAACAGCAUGAAACAGCUUUAAAACAAAUCCAGAAAAAAAGGAAAAGACAAUCAAGAAAAAGAAUAAAUGACUUAGAGCAUCAAUUGAAUAUCUCCAAAGUAAGGGAGGAAAAGAACAAGCAGAUAGAUCUCUGGCAGGAAAGGAUUCAAGCAAAGAUCAAAGAAGAAAACAUGAGGAAGGCCAGAAAAGAAGCAGCUGAUCGCACAUUAAGUAAAGUCUCAAAAGAAAUUCAAGAUGCUACUCGCUUGAUUGAAACAAUGUUAGCACUUAAAAAACUGCGACUUAUUAGGCGUGAUGCAGCUCAAAAACGAGGAGACACAGAGCUAGGUGAAUCUCGCCAAUCAUUUGAAGAUAAAAUUUCAGACAUGACCCGACUUGUCCAGGCCCAGUUAGAAUGUUACAAAGAAGAAGAAGCAAGACUUAAAGAAGUCAUAAGAUCUGAACAAAAUGAAAAGCAGGAAAGAGAAAGGUUAUUACAAGCCACAAACAAAAAGUUGAAAGAAAAAGAAGAGGAAGACGAGCUUCAGUCUUUACUAUUUGGACCAAAACAAGAUGUUUCUACAACAGAUCCACUUUAUCCAUUUAUCAAAUUUUAUUCUCAAGCAGAAGACAAUCUCCAAGCUUUCAUUCAAAUAAGACGUGAAUGGGACUUAUUCAUAGUGGCUGACAAAACCCCAGCAUCAAGUGUUGUGCCUAUGUCCUGGGUUAUUCCUGAUGCUCCCAGUAGUCUAGCCUGGGCACAGGCUUUGAAGUAAAAUACUAAUUCUGAAGGAAAAAAAAUAAUUCUUUGAAACAUUUUGUGCUUUGGAAAUACAGUUAUGUUUUAAAAAUUGUAAAAAAAAAUAAAUGUUUUUGUUUUAUGAUUGUA